AUGCCAAAAGCAACACAAGAUCCUAUCAUGCAGCGUCUUGACGAGAGGGACGGUCUAAAUAAUAUGUCUCUGUUAAAAGACAGAAUGGAAAAUCGGCAGCCAAACCGCCUGGGUGAGACUCUUAGAGUGCCCGACGGUGCAGUUCACAGACUAAACGGUAGUGGUCGACAGACGCCUGAAAGGGUAGUUAGGCCGGAUUCGUUGCUUAAUCCCAAUGUGGUAUUGGGUUGCGUAGAAUCUGGUACAGAUGAAGUUGAUUUAAUAUCACAACGAAAGCUAAUCAAAGCAAUGUAG